AUGACACGCACCGUCAAAACGACUGAGACUUACCAAGCGACGCGGAGGGCGGAUCUGGUCUGGCGGUUGAGGCCCGCUCUGGUUCUGGCUCUGGCUCUGCCUGUACCCUCUCUCAAUUCGCCUGCCCAUGGUCCUGUGGCAACGCUCACGAUGAAACCACAGCGCGAGCUUUUACCUGCGGGCCCAACAGCAGCCAGCAGCGCCUCGUCGGAGCGGGAGACAACCCCGCAAUCUGCCACUGGUACCACGAAAUCAAAAUGCGAUGGCCAACGUCCCGUGUGUUCCUUGUGCGCGGGCAUGGGUCGCACCCGCUGCGAGUACGAUGCCGGCCCCGACGUCACACGCUUCGCCGCCCUGAAAACAAAGCACGAGGAGCUUCAACGCCGCCUUUCUCUCUUUGAAGAGCUUUUCCGCCUUCUAUCUAUGCGCUCCGAGCCGGAAUCAGUCGAAAUUAUCAGGCGGAUGCGGACUCUGAAUAUAGAAACCGACCUGGACGACUUGGUCAAGUUUAUCAAAAACGCAGAUCUGCUCAUCCAGCUGGCUUCUGCACAAGCCGAACCCCCUGCAACGGGGACACCCACGAACCUCCAAGACCCUCCCGCCGAGGAUAUCUCCUCCCUACUCGAGCUAUUAAAUUCGGCGGUUUCUAAACUCGACGCAACGGGUCGCUUAGCCUUUCUUGAUACGAUAAGACUUCAGAUCGAAGCCUUUAUCACUACCGAGCGUAGUCAAUCUGGCCCCGUUGAGUCGGUCAAGAUGGAGGGGCUGGUCGACGGGGAGACGGACGGUGCUGUGGAUGGAGAACUGCAGGAUGGCGUGGAUGGUGUACACCACCAUGAGUCAGGGGUUCCUCUCAAGCGACUACUAAAUGAGGAUACGACAAAACCGAGAUGA